AGCGUUUGCGCCGGCGGUCGCCGCCGCGUCUCACUCGGCUCCCCUGGUCCCUGACCCCCGGCCCGGCGGCGCCCGCCCCUCCACGGCCACUCCGCCUCUUCCCUCCCUCCGUCCCUUCCUCCUAUCCCUUCUUCCUUCCCCUCUUCGCCGCCGCCGCCCAGGACCGCCGGCCGGGGGACGCGCUCAGGGCAACAGCCAGGACAGGAACCAUUCCUGAAGACAACUCAUCAGACAUGGAAGGGACUGGACAAUGGGUUGGAGAGAGAUGCUGAUGAAGAGUGAGCUACUUGUAUCAGGGGUUUCUUAACCACAUAGCCUCUCAGAACUGAACCAAAACAGCAUUGUUCCUGGAUCACCCUCUUUUUAAGGUAGAACUUUAGACUUCAUAGCACUGAAUUAACCUGCACUGAAAGCUGUUUACCUGCAGUUGUUCACUUUUGUUGAAAGUGACCAUGUCUCAAGUUCAAGUGCAAGUUCAGAACCCAUCUGCCGCUCUCUCAGGGAGCCAAAUACUGAACAAGAACCAGUCUCUUCUCUCACAGCCUUUGAUGAGUAUUCCUUCUACUGCUAGCUCUCUGCCCUCUGAAAAUGCAGGUAGACCUAUUCAAAACUCUGCUUUACCCUCUGCAUCUAUCACAUCCACCAGUGCAGCUGCAGUUCCUUCUAACAUGGCACACCCCAAAGAGAAAACCCCAAUGUGUCUUGUGAAUGAGUUAGCCCGUUUCAACAAGAUUCAGCCUGAGUAUAAACUUUUGCGUGAGCAAGGUCCAGCUCACUGUAAGGUGUUUACAGUACAGCUAACACUUGGAGAUCAGCACUGGGAAGCUGAAGGAACUAGUAUUAAAAAAGCCCAACACACAGCUGCUGCCAAAGCUUUGGAAGGAACAAAAUUUCCUAAACCUAUAGUCCGCCCUUUUCGUAGCGAAGGAAGGAAUCCAGAAAGCAUAACUCCUACUGUAGAACUAAAUGCACUGUGCAUGAAACUUGGGAAAAAGCCAAUGUACAAGCCUGUUGACCCUUACUCUCGGAUGCCGUCCACCUACAACUACAACAUGAGAGGAGGUGCUUAUCCCCCGAGGUACUUUUACCCAUUUCCAGUUCCACCUUUACUUUAUCAAGUUGAACUGUCUGUGGGAGGACAGCAAUUUAAUGGAAAAGGAAGGACGAGACAGGCUGCGAAACACGAUGCUGCUGCUAAAGCAUUGAGAAUUCUGCAGAACGAGCCCCUUCCUGAGAGGCUGGAGGUGAAUGGAAGAGAAUCAGAAGAAGAGAAUCUCAAUAAAUCUGAAAUAAGUCAAGUGUUUGAGAUUGCACUUAAACGGAACUUGCCUGUGAAUUUUGAGUCUUUCCCUCUGAAACAGGUUGCCCGAGAGAGUGGUCCACCCCACAUGAAGAGUUUUGUGACCAAGGUGUCAGUCGGAGAGUUCAUCGGGGAAGGUGAAGGGAAGAGCAAGAAGAUUUCAAAGAAAAAUGCUGCUAUAGCCGUUCUCGAGGAGCUGAAGAAGUUACCUCCCCUCCCUACAGUUGAGCGAGUCAAGCCCAGAAUCAAAAAGAAAACAAAAUCCAUAGUCAAACUCCACACAGGCCCAGAAUAUGGCCAGGGGAUGAAUCCAAUUAGCAGACUGGCCCAGAUCCAGCAGGCGAAAAAGGAAAAGGAGCCAGAGUACACGCUCCUCACCGAGCGAGGCCUGCCGCGCCGCAGGGAGUUUGUGAUGCAGGUGAAGGUUGGAAACCAUACUGCCGAAGGAGCAGGCACCAAUAAGAAGGUGGCCAAACGCAACGCAGCCGAGAACAUGCUGGAGAUCCUUGGUUUCAAAGUCCCACAGUCCCAGCCCACCAAACCGGCACUCAAGUCAGAGGAGAAGACACCAGUAAAGAAACCAGGGGAUGGAAGAAAAGUAACCUUUUUUGAACCUGGCUGCACGGAUGAAAAUGGAAGUAGUAAUAAGGAAGAUGAGUUUAGGAUGCCUUAUCUUAGUCACCAGCAGCUGCCUGCUGGAAUUCUUCCCAUGGUGCCCGAGGUUGCCCAAGCUGUUGGUGUCAGUCAAGGACAUCACACCAAAGAUCUCACCAGGGUGGCUCCAAAUCCUGCUAAGGCCACGGUGACUGCCAUGAUAGCCCGUGAGUUGUUGUACGGUGGCACCUCACCCACAGCCGAAACCAUUUUAAAGAAGAACAUCUCUUCAGGCCACGCACCCCAUGGACCUCUCACAAGACCCUCUGAGCAGUUGGACUAUCUUUCCAGAGUUCAGGGAUUCCAGGUUGAAUACAAAGACUUUCCCAAAAACAACAAGAAUGAAUUUGUAUCUCUAAUCAAUUGCUCCUCUCAGCCGCCUCUGAUCAGCCACGGCAUUGGAAAGGAUGUGGAGUCCUGCCAUGAUAUGGCUGCGCUGAACAUACUAAAGUUGCUGUCUGAGUUGGACCAACAAGGUACAGAGAUGCCCAGAACAGGAAACGGACCAUUGUCUGUGUGUGGGAGGUGCUGAACCCUUACUGGCCAUGAACCAUUAUUAAACCCCAGCAUAUAUACUGAAAAUACUGAAACUGUUUUGAAAAAUUGGAAUUUCUGAUACCUCCAGUGGAUUGAGAGACACGAUGGUUGAAGAACUGGACACAGCAGUGGUGAGGAAGAUGGGAACACAGGAGGCGGCUGUGCCUGGGAUUGAGUGUGCCUGGGGUUUGUUGUGUUGGGGCCAGACACACAGGGCGCAGCCAGGCAUGGCGGGGCCACCAGACUCCUGCCUAUCUUCCCGGCUCCGCCGGGCAGCUACAAGGCCAUGCCCCAGCACCCCUCAGCGCUUGGUUUUGUUUUGAUUUGUUUUUGGCUAUGUGAAAGAAGGAAAAACAGCAAGCCCGACCCCCUUCUCAAACUGGCUGACUCAGUCAAACACUUGGGGAUAAACACUGGACAGCCAUGCCAGAGAGGGGCCUGCGACUGGCCCAGGGCUGCGAGCACCAGAGAAAUCAGAUGCUUCCUACUUAGCGCCAGCCAACCUUCCCGGUGUGCUGAGGCCCUCCACCUCCGUAGCGCCCACACCAUAACCACUGCUUUCUCUUCCAGCAGCGAUACACAUUCUUAGUUUCAUUUUCUUGCGAUUAAAAUGACACUAUAUACAGUUUUUAUUGGAAAGUUUCUCAAUUGUAUCUAGUUAUAUAGCACAGUUUAGAAACUUGUCUGAGACUGACUUUAUCAGUAAUCUAACAGGCAAAGAUCAUAUCCAUGUGUAUGUGGUUAUCAGUUUUCAUUUUAUUGUUCUAACCCAGAACCAUUUCAGUGAUGCCAAUUGUGUGCCCUCUGGUCUAGCUGAAACGGUCCUGGACUUUUCAGAAACCCUUGAUGAAGUCUCCCACAGUUGUAUAAAUUGGACAUUUUUGGAAUUUUAAACUUUAAAUGAUCAUUUGGUUCCUUUUCUAUUUUUAUUUUGGUUAAUGCGAUGACUUAAAUGAGCUUUGAUCUUUGUUUUAAAGAUUAUAAGAACAAUUGUGUGCAUAUAUAUAUAUGGCUUUUCAGGACCCAUAGCUUUCACUACACUACAGGAUAUGAUCUCCGUGUAGUACAUAUGAACCUGCAGAUUGGUUUUCCUUGAGUGCUUUAUACUGUUAAUUACAUCUCCAUGUAGGGCUGAGAAGAAUGACCUAUGUUUAUAUAUAGAACUGUGUUGCUUUUGAUGUCGUGUGAUUGUACACAGAGAUGUGUGCGGUAAGGUUCUGCGUUUGGUCCAGAUAAAAAGCACGGUAGCCUUGCGAGUUAAGUACUGCUUUGAUUCAUUGUUUACGCUGGAAAUUUUUUCUCCCCAUGGAAUGUAAGUAAAAUUUAGUGUUUGUCACCAAUAAAUGGUAAUACUAAAUUUUUUUUUUUUGUUAAUUUAUUCUUAAAUGCCACUACUGCUAGAUUGCUCCCCUACCACCCCAGCCCCAUUUUUUAUUUUUAAGAAAAUUUGUAAUGCUUGUGAUUCCAUCUGGGCAGAAAUCUGAAGAUACGAAAUCACUUUAUAUCAAACCAUUGAUCAAUAAACAGCUACUAAUGAA